AUGGCGCCCGGGAGUCGGUCCUCGUCGCGGCUAUCGCAGCCGUUGCCGAUGAUUAUCGAGGAUGUGGUGCACUCUACCACGCCGCCGCCGGGGGUGCCGCCCAAGUCGCCGCGACGACCACCGGUUUCGAGGUCGAAUUCGCAGGGGAGUAGUGUGCACGGUAGUCAUCGGUCGAGAACGCCGCCGCCUUUUGGGGCAGUUUCGGGAGGGGUGGAUAGGCCGGCGUCGGGGACGGCAAAGAUGGAGGUUGCGCAGCGGGAGGUGGUGGGAGGGGGGGGGAGGGAUCAGGGACCGGUGGCGAGGAAGGGGUGGUAUAGGAAGAUGUUUGGGGUUUUGCUGGUCGUAGGGGUGAUAGUUGGGUUAUCGGUUGGUUUGACCAUCGGGUUCGCAGAAAACCGGUUCGUCCUUUUUUUUCUUCUUCUCGGUCUUCUUCUGCUUGCCAUUUUAUAA